GAAACAUACUGUGAUUAAACUACAACAACCAUAAUGCCAAGCAACUGAUGACGUCUUCGAAACACACCCCUCUCUGUACUGGCUGCUGUUUUCUUAACCCUUUGCAGUCUGCUGCUUGACUGAAGGUGAAACUCUCCUGCUUUGUUUUGUCUUUGAGGCUAAAAUGUCCUCCGGCAGACUAUUAACCGUGCAGACUCGGACGUGUAGGCGCCUGGCUCACAGUUACUUUGCCAGAACCUACACAUCACGGCCUACGCUUAAUGAAGUGGUCAUCGUCAGCGCUGUGCGAACUCCAAUGGGCUCCUUCAGAGGCAGCCUGGCAGCAGUUCCAGCCACCAAACUGGGCUCUGUUGCUAUUAAAGGAGCCAUAGAGAAAGCAGGAAUUUCUCCUGAAGAGGUGAAGGAAGUUUACAUGGGCAACGUGCUUCAGGCGGGGGAGGGUCAGGCUCCCACACGACAGGCCCUGCUGGGGGCAGGUUUGACAAUUGGGACACCAGCAACAACCAUCAACAAAGUGUGUGCUUCUGGGAUGAAGUCCAUCAUGUUGGCGGCGCAGAGUCUAAUGUGUGGACAUCAGGAUGUUAUGGUGGCAGGAGGCAUGGAGAGCAUGUCCAACGUGCCGUACGUCAUGGCCAGAGAGACACCACCCUACGGAGGCGUGAGGAUGGAGGACCUCAUUGUCAAGGACGGCCUCACAGACGUCUACAACAAGUUCCACAUGGGAAACUGUGCAGAGAACACAGCAAAACAGUGCAAGAUCAGCAGAGAGGAGCAGGACGCCUACGCCAUCAACUCCUACAGCCGCAGCAAAGCGGCGCAUGAGUCCGGCGUGCUGGCCAAGGAGAUCGUCCCAGUCAGCAUUCCACAGAGAGGGAAACCAGACGUGGUGGUGUCCGAGGACGAGGAGUGGAGGAGGGUGGACUUCAGCAAAGUGCCCAAACUGAAGGCAGUCUUCCAGAAAGAGAACGGCACGGUGACGGCAGCUAACGCCAGCACACUGAACGACGGAGCAGCCGCUCUCGUUCUGAUGACGGCAGACGCCGCAAAGAGACUCAAUGUCACGCCGCUGGCUAGGAUCGUCUCUUUCGCUGAUGCAGCAGUUGCACCCAUUGACUUCCCCAUUGCUCCGGCGUACGCUGUACCAAAGGUUCUGGACGCAGCUGGCCUGAAGAAGGAGGACAUCGCCAUGUGGGAGAUCAACGAAGCCUUCAGCGUGGUUGUGCUGGCCAACAUCAAAAUGCUCGACAUCGACCCGGCAAAAGUCAACGUCAACGGAGGAGCUGUGUCUUUGGGACACCCGAUUGGGAUGUCUGGGGCGAGGAUCGUGGGUCACAUGGUGCACAACCUGAAGUCUGGUCAGUACGGACUCGCAGGAAUCUGCAACGGAGGAGGCGGCGCGUCUUCCAUCCUCAUCCAGAAGUUGUAGGGAAAAAAGCUGAGCCUUUUUUCAGCUUUUACAUCGUGUGGUUGCCGGUUGCUCCAAAUGGUUAGGACAUCAACGUGACUGUAAAGAGUCCAUUUGUUACAACUUUAGUUCCAAGGGCCUUAAUCAAACAAAACGUAACACUCAACCCUGAUCUCGUCAUGACUCCAACGUUCCAAACACUCCCUUGUUUGAUGGAAUGUCUUGUCAAAAUCAAAUAUUGAUAUUUAAGCUGUGAAAGGAUGUGAUUAAAUAGUUUUUCAAA